AGGAGGCAGUCUGAGCAGCUUUGCGUCGACGUCUCUCGUGAAUUCCUCACUGCGCAUCUGAUCAAAUUGUUUCUAAAUAUUUCAUUGUAACUGAACUUUAUUUACAAGAGUUGGGGAACGAAUAGACUCCUCACAAAUUUUUCAUGAUUGUUUACGUGAGAGAACAUUUUUGUAAGUGUUGAACAAUAUACUUUAGUUAUUUUAUUUUUAUACAGCAAUUUCUCUUUUCGGAAUAUACAAUUUAAGGAAAGAAGAAUUUAUCGCAUCGUGUAAAGAUCAACUCGAAAUUUGAUCGAACCGAACUUGAUCCUUGAAUUUGUCUGUGCCGUUCGCGAUGGCUUCGAUCAAAAGUUUUCUUCCAGUAACUGUACUGAUUUUGGCAGCCAUAAUUUCGUGUGGAGGCAAAGCUCAAGAAACUCGACGCCUAGAAGACCCAACUACGUUUAUUGGCCAUGAACACAGUCACGGUGGCCGUUCUUCGAAUGGGCAUAACGGCCACCUUAACGGAAACAAAGGCCACUCAAACGGCCACAAUGGUCACGGCAAUGGCCACAACGGCCACUCCAAUACCAUCAUGCCUAUAUCGCGCUGCCGCCACAACUACCAUGAGCGCACUGAGCAAGCCAUCAACCGGCAAAUCAAUCUCUUCAUGCACGCCGGUUAUGUCUACAGCAGCAUGGCUCAGCACUUCGGUCGCUGUGACGUGGCAUUGCCCGGCUUCACGAAGUUCUUCCACCAGCUCGCCAAGGACCAGAGGGAGAAGUCUGAGUCGCUCAUGACUUACCAGAACUUAAGGGGCGGCACCGUCCACCUCAGCCCCGUCACGGCCCCGGCCUUAUCAGACUGGGGCUCAGGCUUGGAAGCUAUGAGCCAAGCCCUCGAGAUGGAGAAAAGCGUUAAUCAGGCCUUGUUGGAGGUGUAUAAGGCAGCAAAGCACCACGAUGAUUUCCAUGCCCUCAGCUUCAUCCAGACGACAUACCUUGGUCCGCAAGUUGACAAGAUCUUCACCCUAAGUCAGUACAUCAGCAACUUGGAGCGCGUGGGGCCUGGUCUGGGCGAAUAUCUGUUCGAUAAGCUGCCUCAGAAUUGAGCCUCUGGACCGCAACAUUGAGGCCCGCCACACCGACGAUAAAUGGACGUCUGUACCUGGGGGCUCCACGAGCCAUAAAUCAGACCAACUCUCGGAGCAAAAUCUCAAAGAAAAAAGCUUCCUACCUUGAUGUGGGCUGGGGAACAGAAGUGAUCAAUUUAAAGCUAACUGAGCUGAAAUUCUUCUGAUGUGGAAAAUUUUUCAAUAUCUAUGAAAAAUAGUCUUGUGAAAUUAUUAUAUGAACUGGUUUCAGAAAUCGGUAGUGUGCGUUGAGAGCUAUAUUGUUAUAAGCUAAAUAUUUGCGAUAUAUAUAACACACGAUCACUUUAAGUUUUACAUGGCAUUCUGACAAAGUUUUUUCAAUGAAUUUAAUCAUAUGGUAGACACUUUUCCUGUCCUUUAUAGGUAAAUAUUUUCGAUUAAACUUGUUUACAAGCUUUUCAGUCUUAAGCCAUUUGUACUUCCGCGAUAUAAUCUAUAUGCCGUGUUCUAUGUUAAAAAUUAUAGUGAACGCGUGUAUGCAAAACAUUGGUCUUUCAAAUGGUAAUGUAAUUUGGCUACAAAUAGAUAUCAAGAGGCAGAUUUAAUUAUACGGAUUAGAAUAGUUUAUAUAUAACUGAAGUGUUCCAUUUAAAUAUACGUACAAUCUUCCUGGAAGAAACGAACUCGAUUCCUUUCAUGGAGUAAAUUGCACUAUCUUCACAAAGAGCAAUCGAACAAGAGUUCAUUCUUUUAUGGUUCCAGGAUAUGAACACGAUCCUGAAAAUGAUAUAUAGAGUAAAAUAAUAAAUCUACAUUACGAGAUAGAAUUUUUGGUACAGUUUUUUUACGAGAAAUUUACAAACAUGGGUGAUAUGCCAAAAUGAUUGACUAUUGUUUCAUUUCAGAAAGAAAGUCAGGAUUAUGCCUUAAUCAAUCAAUUUUUAGUUUAAUAAAAUUUUACUAUAAAGCAAGCCAACUUAUAUUUCUGUGCCACGAUAUGUUCCUAAUUAAUUAAUAUUUCGGAGAGAGGUUCGUCCCAUUGAAUUAAUGUCUGACAAUUAUAAUUAAAUGUCUUCUCGAGUUGCA